UUCACUGUUUUUGCUGUAUUUUAAUGAAAAAAAUUUUCAGUCUGAACGUGUUGUGUAACUGUAUGAGAUACUGUAGGAUGUUCCUGACACACUGUAUGAUAGGAUGGACUGUGUUGACAGUCCUCAGCCUCUGCCUGCCUGUGUGGAGUGCUGUGAGGGUGAUCCAGCCUUACAGAGAGGUGAGCAUCAAUGGUACAGCACAGGUCCAGUGCUUCAUCCAACCCCAACCCUCCUAUAACCAGAUCAAACCCUCCUAUGACCAAGGCCCUCCAUAUCCAUACCCCAUUCCUGAGGAGGUCCGUGUGACUCUGUUGAAAGGCCUCCAUGGCAGCCAGGAGCUUUGCUCAUCCAUCCUCAACUUCACAGAGCAGAGAGAGACUGAUGUGGAGAGAGAGGGAGAGGUACAGUGCUCAGCUAAGUUGAGUGGGGGCGCUGUGGAGAUGACAGUCUCUGGACUGAAACCCACAGACACAGAUAUGUAUCGCUGUGAGAUCGAGGUCUUCUACCCACCACCAUACCUGCGGCUCACUGGCAACGGCACACUCAUUCAUGUCUUAGACAGCUCUGACUGUCCUGUGCAGGGGGCUCAGAGAGAAACUAGUGAUGAAGAGGAUGACAAUGAGGGUGAUAAGCAGAUGGCAUCAGUCAGUGUUCCUGUGGUUGUACUGGUGAUACUGGUCAUGUUUGUCCUCAUCAUCAUUAUCUACUUCCAGACUGUCCAGUGUGAACGAGGGAAGAGGGAGAUUGUCAGGCCGGUGCCUGGUGGGCCUUACAAGGUGGAAGCUGUCGCAUUUUCAUCUAAAGAGAUUGUAUGAAAAACACACAAAUGCAGAGUCCAACGCAGCAUUGCAUCUCCCCAGAAGCAUUAGAAUACCAUGGAUUCUGAAUAUAGAGUUAAAGUAAUAUUGCAGUAGGCUCAGUACUGGCCGUUAUUAAAUAUCACCUCUGUUAUGAUUGAGGUUCUUUUUUUUAACCAAAGCUACAGAAGAACACCGAAAUGACAUUUGGGUGUCUGUGCAUAUUUUAUUUAUUAAGUACAAAAAUAAUGUUUACGUUCUUGUAAACUCAAAUUAUGUUAAAAAGCUGUAGCUUUGAUUGCGUUUCCACUGACUUGAGUUGAUGAGGCUCCUUUAGGUGCCCUAACCUAACACCCUAACUGCAGCUGGGAAGCCUUAAUGUUUGAUUAAAAGAAGAAUCACUUGAUGUUUAAGUUGGCUAAAUGCUCCUGCUAAAAAAAAUGCAACGCUUUGAAUCAUUAGGCUUAUGGCUAUAUAUUAUGGCUAUAGAAGUUAUUUGCCUGAGUGUAUCGAUGGUUAACUUGUCUGUAUACUGUAUUUUGUUGCCAUUGCAAUGUUCAGCAAAAUAUUCAUGUUGGAUAUUUCAUUUAAGUAAAGUUUCUUAACUUUUAAUUGUA